CGUGCCUUCUUGACUACCCUCUGUUCAUACCACAUCACCUUCAUACACACGACACCUUUCAUACACCCCGUGAAACCGAGACAGCCUCACGAGUCGGAUAUCCAAGCUCAGCCAGCUCAUAAACCACCUCCUCGACCUCUCCCACCAUGUCCGCCAAAUCCAUCCUCGAGGCCGACGGCAAGGCCAUCCUCAACUACCACCUCACGCGCGCACCUGUCAUCAAGCCGACUCCUCUCCCUCCGUCCACCACCCACAACCCACCCGCCAAACUCGCAACCAUCACAUUCGCAGACGGCGACGAUGUUCGAGGAGUGCUCGACGCGGCCGAGGCCAAAUACCCAUUCCUCCUCCAAUCCGGUGCCAAAUUCGUUGCGAAGCCAGACAUGCUCAUCAAGCGACGAGGCAAGUCGGGACUGCUGAAGCUGAACGCAACAUGGGCGGAGGCUAAAGAGUGGAUUGCGGAACGCGCGAACAAGAUUCAACAGGUGGAGCAUGUUGAGGGUGCGUUGAGGAACUUCCUCGUGGAGCCAUUUGUGCCUCACCCGCAAGAGACGGAGUACUACAUCAACAUCAACUCUGUUCGCGAGGGAGACUGGAUUCUGUUCUACCACGAGGGUGGUGUGGACGUUGGUGAUGUCGACGAAAAGGCCGAGAAGCUCCUCAUCCCGGUCGAUCUGUCCGAAUUCCCCAGCAACGAGAAGAUCGCAGAGGGUCUCCUCUCCAAGGUGCCCAAGGGUGUCCACCCCGUUCUGAUCGACUUCAUCUCCCGCCUCUACGCCGUCUACGUCGACUGCCAGUUCACAUACCUCGAGAUCAACCCAUUGGUCGCCAUUCCCAACGCAGACAAGACCUCCGCGGAGGUGCACUUCCUCGACUUGGCCGCGAAGAUCGAUCAAACCGCAGAGUUCGAAUGUGGUGUGAAGUGGGCCAUUGCUCGUUCACCAGCUGCUCUCGGAAUCCCAGUCAUCGCAUCAAAAGACUCCAAAGUUCAGAUCGACGCUGGUCCACCACUCGAAUUCCCAGCUCCAUUCGGACGUGAGAUGAGCAAGGAGGAGGCCUACAUUGCUGAGAUGGACGCAAAGACUGGUGCUUCACUCAAGCUCACCAUCUUGAACUCGCAAGGUCGCGUGUGGACAUUGGUCGCUGGAGGUGGUGCUUCCGUUGUGUAUGCUGAUGCCAUUGCAUCCGCUGGUUUCGCUUCCGAGCUCGCCAACUACGGCGAGUACUCUGGUGCUCCCACCGAGACUCAGACUUUCCACUACGCACGCACCGUCUUCGACCUCAUGCUCCGCGCACCGCAACACCCCGAGGGCAAGAUUCUCUUCAUCGGUGGUGGUAUCGCCAACUUCACCAAUGUCGCCAGCACAUUCAAGGGCGUCAUCCGCGCCAUCCGCGAAGUCGCACCCCUCCUCAACGAGCACAAGGUCCAAAUCUGGGUCCGUCGCGCCGGUCCCAAUUACCAGGAAGGUCUCAAGAACAUCAAGGCCGUGGGCAAAGAGUUGGAUCUCAACAUGCACGUGUUCGGUCCGGAGAUGCACGUCUCCGGGAUCGUGCCUUUGGCGCUCGUGCCGGGUAAGAUGAAUGACAGUGUGAAGGAGUUCGAGGCUUAGAUGGAGAGAGAGAGAGGUUGAGGAGAGGAGGGCUGUGUAUGAGUUGUGACACGGCGAAUGAAAUGGGGAGGAGUACCACUGCUAUGAAGUUCGUAUUUGCGAUGCGCGUGCAUUCGUGCUUAUGCAUUGCGCAUG